AUGAGUAGUCGAGAGGUGGUCAUUCUGAAUGUGGGAGGUGUGAGAUUUGUAACCCGGGCUUCCACCUUGCAGCAGUUCCCUGAGUCCAGGCUGGCACGGAUGGUGAAUGAUGAUGACCGGGAAUUUAAACUGGUGAAUGGAGAGUUUUUUGUGGACAGAGAUGGAGCUUUGUUUAGUUACAUCAUGGACUUCUUGAGGACUCUUCAGGUGUCCUUACCAACUGAUUUCUCAGACUAUGAGAGGCUGCAGAGAGAAGCAGAAUUCUAUGGACUCUACCCCCUGGCCAACCUCCUGAGCCAAGAACAUUUGUUGAAGCCAAGGCUGGAGAUCUUAGAAGUGCGUUUUUCUCUCCAAGAAAUGCAGGCCUUUUUCCGGAUCUUUGGUUCCUGCAGUACCACCAUUGAGGUACUAGCUGAGCAGAUCACUGUGUUUACAGGGCAGCAGUCAGGACAGGGCUGGAGCAGCCCUUUUCCUUCCCAGAAGCCACUUGUUCCACUUCCUUUGGAAAGACCCUCUCAUCACGAUCUGGUUUUUCUGUGUGGUACUGAGUAUUCUGCUGGUGACCAGUUCGUGCCCAGGUAUGUUUCCAUAAAGCCUGAUAAGAGAAAGCUGAUUAAUGGUACUAACGUGUUAGGCCUGCUGCUUGACACUUUACUCAGAGAUGGAUUUCGCCUCAUAAGCACCAGGACAGUUGCCAGUGAAGAGAAGGUUGAAUGCUACACUUUUGAAAGGAUGAAGAGGGCAGCAGGUCUUGCCAUUAUGGCGAACCAAACCCCAGGGAGCUCUGGGGCAGCACAGGCAAGGAGAAGCCAAGUACAGAAAUGGAAAUAAAGGCUUUUCUUCUGUGUUUUGAAUGUAGAAGAAGGAUGUGUUAGCACUAGUGGUCUUUUUUUUUUUGUUUUGGCUUGUUUGAAACUGCAGCUAUUGAGGGCAGUAACAAACACAUUUUCUUUCAAGUAUUUAGGGGGGAAAAUUGCUUUCUUGCCUUUUACCGCUCUACCUUCUUUAAGUAAAAGAAGCCCAGAUUCCAUACUGGGUUUGUGGACCAUAUUUCAGCAAUUGCAAGAGUUAUUUUUGUUUUAUCUCUGUGCCUAAAAUUUACAUGAGGACUCGCAAAGUAUCGGCCAUCCCUUCCAGAAAAUUGUUUUCAUGUUCUGUGCUGAUCUGCAAGUAGAUUUUAAAAACACGGUAAUACAUGAAGAAAUAAUAUCUUGAUGCAACUGUCAUCCCAACAGUUAGAAGUGGCUGGAGGAGGAAUGCAAACGCCAAAAAUUGAUUAGUGCUUCCACUUAAUGACUCUUGCAGUUGGCUGAGAGCAGUGUAAGGAGAACAUCCCGAGCUGUGCUGCUAUGUGGUUUUGUGAAAGCCAUCGCUGAGGUCUGUGAAAUAAUGUAUGACUGUCUCUUGCAGAGCACUCCUCUGUCCUCUCCUCCCACUCUGAUGGCAUUAAAAUGCUCUUUGGUUCUGAGAAUUAAAUUAUAAAGAUCUUUGUGAACAGAAGGUCAGUUAAUUUUUAGUGCUUUCACUACAAAAAGGAUGAAAAUGUGAUGAGCAGCCCUUCAGAUGGAAGUUUAUACAGUCUCAAACAAAAGAGUGCAAAGGAUUUUUUAGCACUUAUUAAGUACAACACAGUUGGAAGGCUUAGCAGAAGUGGCUUCAAGCCUUGUUAGUCCUGUACAAAGCUUUGUAAAGAUGCCAAAAUUAGCUCAGGUACUGAGAGAGAUAAGUUAAUGAAGCUUUAUAAAUUAAGAAUCUUUUGUCCUUCCAUCAAGGCAGGGAAAGAAGAUAGCAAUAACUUCAGAGAUUCAUUAGUUGCAUCUCAGUUUUCUUGAUGGUAAAAUGCCAUCUUCCCAAGGCUUCGAACAGCCCAGGAGAACCACUUUGGGCUUUCUUGGCUGACCAAUUAGUUCUGGCUUUUCAUCAGUUUUAAAAUGUGAAUGCAUUACCUUAUUUGCAGCACUUGAUAAUGAGGGUGGGACUCAGCCAUCUGUUUCUUGCCCUGAGGAGUUUCAGUGAAACGGAUCUUUCCAGACUGGUGGUGCCACUAUCGGACACCUCUUUUCUUUGGCUACUACUCAGGCAUUUCAGCUUGACCCAAGUUCAGAAGCUCAGCAGAAGUAGUGAGGUCCUCUUUGCUUGUUCUAGAGCUGUUUGGGUUGAGAAGAAUAUGAUUGUGAGACUACAUCUCCUAAGCCGCUCACAGGUUAUGUAAUGAAUGCAAGAGUGAAUGCUUCCACUUCAAAUGGGAUUUUUUUGGUCGGUAAUGUCAGUAUGUUCAUAUUUGUCUUGAAGUAAGAUAUUUCUUACGGAGAACCAUCUGAACAACCUCCCCACAGAUGUGGUAGAGUCUCCAUUGUUAGAAAUUUUGAAGAGGAUGCUAAAUGGUUUCAUGGAGGCUUUAUUUCACAUGAAAGGCUGGACCAAAUGAUCUUUUGAGUUCCCUUCCAGCCUGGCCUGUUCCAUGAUUCUGUGGAGACCUUCUGCGAAGGUCUCUGCCAGAAAGCCUAUCAUGGUGGGCUUUGAGGUCAGACCACAGUUGGGUGACAGAGCAGACAAGCUGUGUGGGAUGAGUGUCCCCACAAAUUGCUGUCCUGCAGACAGCGCUCCUUGUUUGGAAAUGAUAAUGUUGAUUAUUGGGUGAGUUACUGGCUGUUGAUAUUAUAGGUGGAGGGACUAACCAAUAUUAAGCAUAAAAAAAAAAAAAAAAAGAAAAAAACAAAAACAACAAAAAAAAAAACCAACAAAAAAAAACCCCCAAAAAACCACCACCAACAAAAAAACACCACAAACCAAAAAAAAACCUCCUUACAGAGAAAGUUAAAAAAAUAGACUUGAGGCAAAAAUAUGCCCUAAAUGAUCACGAACAGCAGUGAUGUAAGCUGAGACAAGUUCCAGAACCCCUCAUAGUAACAAUUACACUGUUUAACCUACCACAAAAGUAGAGACUUUGUUUUCCAUGCUGCAGCAGCCACUUUGAAAAUUUAAGUUUGGAUUCCGUUUUUAUUAAAUUGAAAAAAGUGAAAGAAAAGACAAAAUACUUCAAUUUUUAAAGAGCCCUAAAGUUUUUACCUAUGCCAUCAUCCAUGUUCCAUGUCUUCGGCAAAAUGAAUGUUUGGUACAACCAUUUUAGUAAAACUUUAUGAUGGGCUGAACACAUGAGUUAAUUUUUAUUUAGCAAAACAUCAUUCUGCAUUCAUCAAUGUGAAUGCAACAUUUGUCUCUGGAAAAUAUACCAGUGCAAGUUGCUGUCAUGUAAAGAACCAUAUGUGCUUUACCUCACCCUUAGGUAAUAGUGUGCUAUGACUGUGCUUCUUUUGGAAGCAAAGCACAUGACUAUCAACAAGCUUGUGUUCCCAGAGUUCUUCUAACAUUUAUUCUUACUUAGCAUUUAUUCGGAACUGAGAAGCGUCACCUUCUGUCAUUUUGUGUUCCUGCAGAGAACAUGAUUAGGCUCUUACACAAUGCUUUCAGUUUGUUGGGUUUUUUUGUUUGUUUUUUUAACUGAUAGUUCCUUAAAUUUAAGUUUGACAGCAUGUGUGUGAUAGAAAUCUGUUGAAAGUGUCUGACUGAUAUCAGUAGGAUACCCAUGACUUCAAUAGAAGAUUGAUGGAAUAAAUUAAUUUAAUUGAAGCUGGUUCUUCAAGGAAAGCACCUUACUGGAUUUCUUAUACAGAAAAAGGAAGCAGUGAUGAUAGAGCUACAGGUGUUGUGUAGCUUCAAGAUACAACUAAAUAGCAGUAAUUAUGGAGGAACAGGUGAAAUUAUGUUUAUUUGCAGACAAAUUAAUGUAAAAAUAGCACUGAUUUACUAGGAGGAUCUUCAGCAUGCCUUCACCUUGCAAGGUUAUUCAUGCUACUGCAAAGUGUUGCUGAGUCAGGAUGGCAAAUUUUCUGUGCCCUCUUUGAAGUGGUAUGCAGUGUAACCUGCAGGCAUCAAGGCAGGAAUUUAGAAAUAGUGGCCAAUGCUUUUACUGCUCCUUCCCUUUUGAAGCCCCAAACAAGCAAGGUUGUAGCAGAGAGCAGACUGUGUGGUAUGUACUGAGCAGAAUUAUUCGCACAGAAGGGAACAGCUGUACAAGUGAAUUCAGCUGUUAGGAUCUACAGGUCUGAGUGAUUUUAAAAGCUGCUUUGUCACAACCAGAUUAUGUGCUAAACUGAGUACCUCCACCCAAACCUUGGCAGGGAAUUCAACUCUGGUAUCUCACAAACAAUCUUUGCUAGACUAGCAGUGUGUUGUAGGUGACUUGGUUGUGCUUUUACAUGUGACAGAACCAGAAGCUCUGAUUGCUCACAUCUAGCUCUCUUUUUGAUUUAAAUGGGAAUGGGAUUUUGAGACAUUUAGACUUUUGUUUUCCCUGACAUAAUCUGCUUCUUCAAGUCAUUGCCAACUUUCUCAAGAGAAUUCAUUUUUUUUCCUGUGAAGGUGCAAAAUUUCCUGAUUUCAGUAAACUUCACUGCUGUAUUUGCCUUUUUAUUCUUCCCUGGAUUCAGCAGAAAUGUGCAAAAUGUUCCACUGCCUGCAAUGCUAGAAAGGAACUGCCACAGUGCUGGGGCAGUCCUGUCCCUCACUCACAAUGACCUCUCUGUGGUUUUGUAGCAGGCAGAGCCACAGGGGAAAAAGAAACUGAAUGAUGAGGCAGCACCAUCAUCCUGUCCCACUCACAGGGACUGCAGUUUACAUGGCAGGUCAUCCAAAAUGAGGUGAUAGCUUGCGGGAUUUGCAAAAGGCAGAUGAUUCAGAUAAACAAUGCCUCAUUUGCUUUAUACUUUCUCAUCUUAUUCACUUUUCCCUCCUUUAUUAUUGUGUGUCAUCCUGUGUUUCUAUAUUCAAGACUGUUAAGGGCUUUGCCAGUACAAUCUUGUGAUGCCAGUUGGAUGUCCCAACAGGAUAGAGGUACUACACACUUUUUCCAUCUCCCUGUUCUUGCACCGUGUAACUAUGUUGACUUCCUUUUCUAGUGAUGGGUGACAUUUUUGGUGCUUUUAAGUAACUUUUUGCCUGCUUCUUCAAACACUGGGAAGUCUCUCAUGUUGUACUUAUCCCUUUCAGGGAUGUGUCAUUUAUUUACCACUUGAAUUGUUCAGUAUCCUGCUGAUACCAGGAAGAACAGAGUCUAUUGUGAAAUAACUUCUUGUUCUUUGGGUAUUGAUUUCAAUGACAGUUCAUGAGGGUUUUUGUUUCUUUGGGAAGUGCAGUCACUGCAUUCUUAUAGAUUCUGCAGUCAGCACUCAUGUGAGUGUAUAGAUAAUUAAGAAUAGAUGUUUAAAUAAAGCUCUAUAAAUUGAUAUCAUAGACUAAGAUACUAUUUAGAUAGUAUCUUAGAUACCAAGACUGUUCUCUCUGUGCUGGCCAUAGUACCAGGAAGUUUUCUCCUUUACUAAAUACUUCCAAACCAUUUUUCACUUACCUUCAUGAUUGAAUUUCAUGGAAGUAGUAGAAGAUCCUCCCUACAAUGCUGUAUAUGAGGAUUUAAUAGCCAUAGGGAAAAACAAUGAUGCUGGAAUAACUGCAUCAUGCCCAAUGAGAGUAACUUCUGUUAACUGUGGGGAAACUUUUCUGCCCAGUGGACUUUUCCCAGUUUCUACCUAUUUUGGUUGGUUUCCAGCUUUCCAAUACUCAAAAAUAACUCUGUUAAACUGACCCAAGCAAGGCUGAUGUGCUUAUGUCAGUCUCUUGCGUGCGUAAGUCUCAGGUACAUCCAGCAUAAUCUGGGUGGUAUUUUGUUUUGAUCCACAGCUGAAUUCAGUACCAGAAAGCCACCAGAGUAGAUCAAAAGUCCUGUUUGAAUUCACAACAGAGUUCAUAACUUUGAAUAACUUUUUUUAAAAAAAAAAAAUGUUCCUAGAUUGCUGGAAAGUGUUACUAAAUAUUCCUUGAGAAACAAGCUGGGAAUUAUCCAAGAGGAGGGAGGCACAUUGCCUCUUACUACUUCCCUCUGAUUUGUGCUGAUCCAUUGCCAGGUUUUAACUUUACAAGGUUUAUUUUUAUCAAUUUUCAACAAUAAACAGUGGGACUAUCUUCAAUAAAAGAUUUACAGUGCAUCAUGAAGAAAUACAACUCCCUACCACAUAUUAUAUUGAUCUAUUCCCAAAUGCUACUGAAACAGCCUAUAAAAUCCCAAAUGAAGUCCAGUGAUGGAGAACUUCCUCUCUCUAGUGACAGAUGCAUAUGACUCUUAUGUUUUCAGAAGACAAUAAAAGGGAAGGGAGUGACCCUGCUUCUUUGACCAUAUCUUCAGCAGCCCAGUUAAAUCUGUCAACUCAAUGUAAUCCACAUAAAUAAUGAAUUUGGGAACCAAGGGAACUGCCAGUGUGUCUGAAAAUUCCCAUUCUUUGAAGCUGCCUUUCCUGCUGCAGUCAGACCAUAAUUAGUCACAGAAGGCCUUGUUGUAACUAGUAAAUGGAUGGCCCAACAAUGAUUUGAAUAGUCUGGUUCUGGCUGGAGCCCUGAAUAUUCUCAAAUGGGUGGGUGAGAUGUAAAUCAUUAGUCAUCAUAUAAAAUAAAAAUAAAUCUGACUUCUUAUCAUGUAGUUUAUGCUGAAAUAACCUCCUGAAGUGUGAUCUGAUGUGCAAAUUUUUUCAAGAAUCCUUUCUCCAUUUCUACUGUUUUCAAUCUAAUGGAAUGGUUCAAUAAUUGGUGUCUUCUUUCUGGUCAGAAGGAUGAUGAAUGUAGCCCUAAAGGUUGGAAACUAAUGUGUACAAAUCUCUUGUAAAACUUAAUUUAGGACUUUGCUUUCUAAGUAAGUUACUGUUACAGCAGUCAGAUGAGCGCUUGCUGAAGAAUUAAAUAUUGCAACAUUGUUCCAUCCUGAUUCUCCAUUGGAAAAAAAAAAGGCAAUAGAUUGGAAACAUCAAGUCUGGGGUUUUACUGGUACUUUGGAGUCAGGAACUGAGUUUUCUUUGAAUUUCAAAGGCAGUUUGUAGCUUUCAUUGAGGGCCUUCUGAAAAGGCUCGUUUAGCGUUUUUGUUUUUGUUCCCCAGUGAUAUCUAAACUGAGUAAUAAAAUAAUUGCUGACAUACCGGUUUAUUUACAAUGUUGUAUUCAACAAUAAAUGGAAGGCAUGCUGAUCCUUCCAUCCUUUAA